UUGGCACGAGCGUUGCGGUGUGGUGCAGUGCAGGCCGCAAAAAGCUGCCCACAAGCAAGGACAGCAAGCCUGAUUCCCGCUCCAGUAGCCAUCAAACUGCCAAUUUCUGUUAGGAGUAAGUGUUAUUGUAGGUGCUCUUUAUGGAAGCCAGAACGAGGCGCUCAUUAGGUGGCACUGCCUGUGGCGGGAGUCGAAGGAGUACGUACCAGCACUUUCCUGUACCGAACCAGCUCCGUCUCCCUCAAGCUGGCUCAAGCGGCGGGCACAGCAUUGGAGAGGGGCGGAGGACAGCCACAGAGGAGCAGCACGGCGGCUGUGGCAAGCAGUUUCAGUGGAGGGGCAGCAGAGGCACAGCCAGCGCGGGUGAUAGCAAUGAUGACGCUGACGAUGGCGGUAAUGGUAACAGCACACGUGGCGGGUUGGUGCUGGCGGAGAUUGCUGCCGCGGCGUGAGUGAAGCGAGCUGCUCGAGAGGCGGCAGCGCAGCGCAUGGCAGGGAGCAGCGCAUGGCGGGGGAGCAGCGGGGAAGUGCGAGGAAGCAGGGGAGUGGGCGAGGAGACGGGAUGUGGAUAAGGCAGCAGGGAAAGAUGAUGAGCGGUCGUAUGGCGAGCACAAGAAGUUGAUUGUUAUCGAGCAGCACGCGGAGGCUUGUAAUAAGAGAGAGUCAAAACCAGAUGGCGGCAGCAGCAGCAGCAAGAGCAGCAGCAGCGGCAAGAGCAGCAGUAAACGUGAGCAGCGAUGGAGAGAAGGAAGAGGAGACAAGGCAACCAGAGAAGAACGCAGGAAUUUGCGCUCAGUGUCAGGUGCAGCAGCGAGUACAGGAGCAGAUGGGAGUAGGUGGUGUGCUCAGUGGUGCUUCAGUCCGCCAUGCCCUUCCCCUGCUCCACCGCACUGCAGCCCGGCAGUGUGGCGGACCGCAUGCUCUACUUCUCGCUGCUCUCGCUGCUCACAGCUGUGCUCACCAGCUGAAGGCAGAGCUCAGGGGGCCAUCUCUGGCAGCCGGUGCUGCAGCUGAGGUCCUGCGCACUCUCAUUCUCUCCCCCUCCUUCCUUGAGUCAAACUCCGACUUCCCUUACUACUAUGUGCCGCCUCUUGGCCUCCUCACUGCACUGCACACCCUACAUCUGACCUUGAGUGGCUCGAGAAGGUCGUCAUACAUGGGUGAGUCCAAGAUGCGCUUGUUCGGUAGCAGCUGGUGCAAUGAGUCCAUCGUUAGAAAGUCAACGUGACGUUCCGGGCCUUUGAUUCGUAUGCGAUGGCUCAGGAUUUUUGCUGAUUUGACAAGCGUUUCCUCGGUGUUAGGAUUAAGGACGGAGUCUAGGUGAACUUUGGAGCUAGAAUUACUAAAAAUAGAAAUCCGAAAUUCUGGACAGAAAAGUCGUCUCCAUAAGAAACGUUGUCGACAAAAAACUAGCCUUUGGAAUGUCGCGAAACUUGUGUUGGAAAUAUCUCAAGGACUUAAGCGUUUCUGAAGUGUAACACUGUA